UGUCAUUAUGAUGCAUUUUUCCAAUUCUCAUAUAAGGCGCUUCAACGUGUUUGUGUUCUUGCUAUACUUCGAGUUUAUCCGUACCAGCACUGGACUAGAGACUGGCGCUAACGUAAACAAAUCAGUGGUACUAUCAUGCCCCGUGAACCCACCCAAUGAUGCUGUAUCCAUAGUAACUGUAUCAGUGAGAUGGAGCAAAGGGCAACUGAGAGCUUUCAUUGGUCAAAAGCUACUACGCGAUGGGGGAGAUAAGUACAUAGACAGCAGCAAGUAUGAAAUAGUGAACACGACAUCUCUGUUGAUAACACGUGUAUUAUACUCGGAUGAUGACGUAUACAGGUGUACACUUUCGUAUUAUACCAACAAUCGCAGUGACGAACGUAGGCAGAGUUCUGGUGACGUAAAAUUAUCCAUUUGUGAGUCGUUUGAUUUGAAGCUUGUUGUUCGUCUUACUGACAAAGUUAACAACACUGGUAACCUCACAUAUGAUGUCCCGGCAUUCAGUAGCAUUUCCUCGUUAUGCACGGCGUACGGUGGGAGACCCCAGACAACGAUAAUAUGGUAUAAAGAUGGCGAGAAGUUAUCCAGCAUCCAUCAAAAUAUUACACACACCCCGAUUGGAGAUAGAUUCAACAGUGUCAACGCCCUCACAUUUAAAUCACUGCAGCCGCAGUAUAGUGGUUUAUAUAGCUGCAGAGCGCGCAAUCCGGCGAUGAACACAUACAAAGAAAAGCAUUUCAGCCUACACGUACUUCUUCCAAAAGGGAAUUACACUCGACUCUCCUGCACCAGUGAUAUACUAAAUGUUGAUGGCAAUGAUGAUGAUGGUGAUGAUGAUGAUGAUGAUAACCAUAAAUACAAAUUCAUUACAAGGAACCAGCAAUAUGUCUUUAGGAUUGGGAACAUUUCUGAUUUUGACAAUGGAAUGUAUCAAUUCGUACUGAACUCUGGAGAUAUUGUGGCCUCUUCUAAAGUGAAUGUUUUAGAUGUGUCUACUGGAAUACUCCAUGCAUAUGGUAGAGUUGGACGAAGAAUGUCGAUACACUUUGAGCUUAAGUUGAACAACUCUAUGGAUGUUGUUUUAUCACAACGAACUCCUCGGCCAGUUAGAGAAUUAUUCUCUCUGAUUAACGACAAUGGGGAAAUUAAACCUGACGAUGUGUUUGGUUGCCUGGUAGAGUGGAAUGGCAUAGUGGAACCGAGUCUUCAUGAAGGCGUACUCUCCAUUUAUUUUAAUAAAGUAUCACAUAGUACAACUGGGAGGUAUAUGCUUGGCGAAAAGGACAUGGACAUGGUAACUUUUAUUAGUAAAAAACCUGGAAUCAGUCAAAACGAUGAUCCAGCUAAUUUAGACAAUCAAGCUACGCUUCCAGUUACGUCAAUAGACGAGAACACCACAUCAGAUAGUGAAGUUGAGAAAGUGCAAAAUAAAACAGCAAUACAUUAUGAGCAAGACCACCAAGUUACAAGCACUGUGUUCUGUCCAUUGGCGAUUGUCCUGUUGGUUUUCAUUAUUUGCCUGCUUGUCUACUUGCACGGUGUACGUCCAUUGUUUGAAUGGAGAAACCGUUUCUGGAAACACAAGAAACAUCCUUCCGAUGACUAUACAUUUCUAUGGAGUGCUGAAGAUGAUGCCAUAACUAUCACCAAGUCACGGACACUUUGA